AUGAGUGGUCGGCAGCCAUACUGGCAGCUUGAGCUCCACAAUCGAUAUGGUUCUGUUGUCCGGAUACCUCCUAAUGAGCUUAGCUUCAACACAUCCAGCUCAUGGCGCGAUAUUUAUGGUGUCCGCAAGAACGUCGAACCGUUCAUCAUCAGCGUGUUUUACGUUGGAGGCAACUUCGCUGCAGAAGCCCUCUCCAUAGUGAGCGAGCGAGACCCAAAAAAGCACGCUGAAAUGCGCAAGUAUUUGGCGAGUGCCUUUUCUGACCGCACGCUUAAAUCGCAAGAGCCACUUAUAGCAGAGACGGCCGACAAAUUAGUGGAAAAGCUAAGUCAGGCGGGCCAAAGGAGCAGGGAUUUCGGUGGUGUUGAGUCUGGCACUCGGCACUUUUGGGUUUCGAUUGUAACGAAGAGUCUCCGGUUGGGUGCUUUGGCUGAUUGCUUUCGACGAUUUCCAGCCCUAUCCAUCAUCAUUCAGACAAUAUUCUCUGGCACGAUCAACAAGCCGAUGGAGGAGAACCGGAAACAUCAGAAAUAUACUGCAGAUCUUGUUCAAAGACGGCUGGCCUCUCGCUCAGGGAGGAUGGACUUUCUUACCAAGAUCAUCGAGGCACGAGCCGAAGCUAAUAUGCCCGAUGCGCAAAUUGCAGCCCACUCGUCUAAAUUUGUAAUCGCUGGAAGUGAAACAACCGCGACCACCCUUUCCUGCGUGACGUAUUAUCUACUGAAAAACCCAGAUGAUGUGCCGUCUACAGGUAGAGCUAGCGCCGCCCAACUUGUCUAUCUUAAGGCUGUCGCGCAGGAGGCUAUGCGGAUGUACUCACCAUUACCGUUCGCACUGCCUCGAGCUGUGCCUCGUGGUAGCAGCACGGUGGAUGGUCAUUUUGUCCCAGAGGGGACCAUCAUUUCGACUAGCCCCUUCGCGGCAAGCAUGUCGUCAUCGAACUUUUCUAAUCCCUCGGAAUUCAACCCUGACCGAUGGCUUGGACCUAGCAAGACCGACGACCUUGAGGCGUCUCAGCCAUUUUCUCUGGGUUCACGGUCAUGCAUGCCAUCACUCAUGGUCAAAGCUCUUCCUCGGAAGGAGUAA